AUGCCGGUGCUGAUGAGCGAUGCUGGGACCUGUGGAGUUCGGCCCAUGGCCUCUCAACACAACACAAUGCGCGUCGUUGGUGGUACGGAUGCUCAGCCAGGGUCCUGGCCCUGGAUUGUCAGCAUCCAGGUCCCCUGGAGAAGAGGCACCGGGCACAUAUGUGGAGGGACUCUCAUCAGCCCACAGUGGGUCCUCACAGCAGCUCACUGCUUCAUAAAUGCCACCUAUGUCGAGAUGUGGCGUAUAGUGGUUGGUGCCUCCAGUUUGCUUCAGAUGGGCCCUGAGGUCCAAGUGCGCAAUAUUAAGAGGCUAGUGACGCAUGAACACUAUAAUAAUCGCUCACAGAGAAACGACAUUGCCUUGCUGGAAUUGGACCAACCAGUGCAGUGCAGCUACUAUAUACAGCUUGCCUGUGUGCCCGAUGGCUCGCUGCGAGUGUCAGAGCUGUCACCUUGCUACAUCAGCGGUUGGGGUGCCAUGGAGGAAGGAUCUAAGAUACGACCUGCCAUCCUGCAGGAGGCCCUUGUCCACCUCAUUGACAACCACAUCUGCAACAGCAGCCAAUGGUAUGCAGGGGCCGUCAGGAACACCAACCUGUGUGCUGGCUAUCAGCAGGGUGGCAUCGACACUUGCCAGGGUGACAGCGGUGGCCCCCUUGUAUGCAAAGAUAGAACUGCCGACUACUACUGGCUUGUUGGUGUCACCAGCUGGGGAACAGGCUGCGGGAGAGCACAUCAGCCUGGAAUCUACACUUCCACCCAGCACUAUCGCGACUGGAUCCUGGUCCAUAUGGGACUACGGCCAGCAGGGCAGACAAGUGCACCACCAGUGUCUGCCUCAGGCCCAUUCCAGAAGCCAAGGCCAAUACCUGCAGAUGCAAGCAGGCCUGGCUCCUGCCCAUUUCCACGCAACAAGUUGGUGGACUUCUUUGCUCUGCUGCAGGAGCUGCUUCAGGUUAUAAAGGAAAGCGAGGUUUAAGCAGCAAGACAAAC